ACUUGGAAAGAACUAAACCCCGGAUCAAUGUAGAUGUCGAACACAAGUUAGGCGGUAUUAUCAUUACACCCUCACCUUGUUCAGGAACAAACCUAAGCAAGUUUCAUCAACUUUCAUAUUUGUAUUACAUCACUCAAACUUUAAACUUGAGCAUGGGGACUGAAUUGCAUGACUCAUUCACAAUAGGCCUUAAAAGAACGAGAGAUAUUGCUUUCUACCAAGAAGAAGAUGAAGCUUGUGGAAAUCAAAGGAAGUGGUUUGUUCAAGAUAAGCAAAUUAUUGAAAACAGUUGCAUAGAACGCAAGAAAGUUUAUGAUCGAACACUGGAUCGUCUCUUCAGUGGCAGCAGAAACUUCUGGAUGAGCAACUCUCAAAUUCAAUCAGCAUCUAUUUCAGAAUCUUUAAGCAGCACAGAAUUAUCAGCAGAAAAUGAAAUUGACUUCCAAGACAGUUCUCAGAGAAGCAUCACCAGUUACUUUACUGGUAUUCCCAAGAUAGUGCAGUCCAAGCAUGACUUGUCUUGUUCAAGGGAAUUGACUGAUGAAUGUCCCCACGUCACCUCCAAGUGCAAUGAAGCAGGAACUGCAGAGUCUGAAGCUUUCCAUGCUGUGAAUGAUAAGCCUGUUGUGGCAGCCAGCUUUCUGCAACAUCAGCUGACCAUUGACAGCAGGGGUGGCUUAUCUCGAGCCUUUGCACUGUCUACUUCUCCAAAAUCUAUUAUGGACCGGUGCAGCUGCAGCUGUGGCAAGGCGCUGCAGUCCUGCUCCGACUGUAGCAAGAAUUUUUGCCACGACUGCCUCAGGAUCUGUUACAAAUGUAAAAAGUUCUUCUGUCGUGAAUGCAGAAUGAACAGUUUUCUUCAUGAAGACAACAUGACCGCGUGCUACCGCUGCCUCGGGUGACCUCGUCGUGUGCCCAGCCCCGCAGCUUCUGUCUACCAGGAUAUGCUUGCUGCAACCACCUUGCAGUGUUAGUUUCUAUCAUCCUGUUAUCUCCAAUGGUGAUGACUAUGAUGUAACUAUGUAUAUGAGAAUUAUGUUUUUAUUAACAGAUGUAGUACCUAUUAUACCGACACUCGUGUGAGUUUAGCUUUUAUAAGCAAAUGCUCUCUGUGCGGUGGAUGUUUUAAACUCGGCAGUGCUUCAAUAAAUACAAAAUUACUCUCAAAAGUUGCAUCCAAUUCAAAUGUUUCGAGUAUUUCAAAUACGAGGUAAGUUUGCAAUAGACUGGCCGAGCUAGGACGUCAGGUAACAACAGGAAUAUUUUAUGCUAAAACGAUCGCUUCGGUCAUGCGCACCGUCGUUCAAGUGAAGUAAAUAUGGAAGUUGAUUGCUUCGUGCAAUCAUUUUACUUAAAUUUCAGGCACUCAUCACUAUGUCGAGUUUGAGUGCAGACAUUUGAUGCGUUUGUAGAGGCAUCACGCAAUAAGACGUUGUGUGCUGUGGCAUCACGCGUCAUGCUUCCAUGUGGCACCACGCGAUGUGGCAUGUGUCACUGCGCGAUAUGCUGCCAUGUGGCGUGUCAUACCUCGUGCUCUGCUAUGUGGCGUGUGGAACUAGUUGCGUUUUUUUCUCGUUUAUCUUGUGCGGAUGUUCGAAUAUAUUUUACAGGUAAA